ACAGCCGGAGGAACAACAGGUCUCCACCGCGGACUGCGGGUGCUUUAACGCGGGGAGAAUCUGCACGAGACCUCCGGGAGAAGCGACAGAAGAGCCGAUGAAAGGGGCCAAAACCAGCUGAUGCUGCAGCCUAAUCUGGUUACCUGGGACUGAACACACACACACACACACACACACACAGACACACACACACACACACACACACACACACGCGCGGGAGGCCAACAUGGCGUCAGACCCGCCCAUCUUUACAGAGCAGCAGGAGCUGCAGAGGAGAGCCAAUCAGAUCACAGAUGAGUCCCUGGAGAGUACACGGCGGAUGAUGCAGCUGGUUGAAGAGAGUAAAGACGCCGGGAUCCGAGCUGUGGUCAUGCUGGAUGAACAAGGAGAGCAGCUGGAGCGUAUUGAGGAAGGCAUGGACACCGUCAACAGGGACAUGAAAGAGGCCGAGAAGAACCUGACAGACAUGGCCCAGUGCUGUGGUCUGUGUAUCUGGCCAAUCAGGAAGUAGGUCUUGGUUUCCGGGGAUCCGCACCGUCUUCA